GGUCCGCGGCGGCGGCGGCGGCGGCGGCGGCAGGGCGAGCGCGCAGUUCCGGGCGCGCGGCGACCGUUGGGCUUGGCGUUCUCGGGGGCGCGACUCCCAUGGCUGCAGCCAGCGUGACCCCUCCCGGCUCCCUAGACGUGCUGCAGCCCGGCUUCUCCAAGACCCUCCUGGGGACCAAGCUGGAGGACAAGUACCUGUGCUCGGCCUGUAAGAACGUCCUGCGCAGGCCCUUCCAGGCACAGUGUGGCCACCGCUACUGCUCCUUCUGUCUGAGCACCAUCCUCAGCUCCGGGCCCCAGAACUGCGCUGCCUGUGUGCACGAGGGCAUCUACGAAGAAGGCAUUUCCAUUUUAGAGAGCAGUUCGGCUUUCCCCGACAAUGCUGCCCGCAGGGAGGUGGAGAGCCUGCCCGCCAUCUGCUCCAACGACGGCUGCGCCUGGAAGGGGACCCUCAAAGAGUACGAGAGCUGCCACGAAGGACUCUGCCCAUUCCUGCUGACCGAGUGCCCGGCAUGCAAAGGCCUGGUCCGCCUCGGCGAGAAGGAGCGCCACGAGGAGCAGGAGUGCCCAGAGAGGAGCCUCAGCUGCCAGCACUGCCGGGCUGCCUGCUGCCGGGCCGACGUGAAGGCGCACCAUGAGGUCUGCCCCAAGUUCCCCGUGACGUGCGAGGGCUGCGGCCAGAAGACCCCGCGCGAGAAAUUCCAGGACCACCUCAGGACGUGCGGCAAGUGCCCGGUGCCCUGCCGGUUCCACGACGUCGGCUGCCCGGAGAUGGUGGAGAGCGAGAAGCAGCAGGAGCACGAGCUGCAGCGGCUCCGCGAGCACCUGACCAUGCUGCUGCACGUGCUGCUGGAGGCCAAGCGCCCGGCCCUGGGCCCCGGCGAGGCGGGCAGCUGGGAGGUGCCCCAGGCGGUGGCGCUGCUGCAGAGGUGCGAGGCCCUGGAGAAGAAGACGGCCACCUUCGAGAACAUCGUCUGCGUGCUGAACCGGGAGGUGGAGCGGGUGGCCAUGACCGCCGAGGCCUGUGGCCGGCAGCACCGGCUGGACCAGGACAGGAUUAAAGCCCUGAGCAACAAGGUGCAGCAGCUGGAGAGGAGCAUCGGCCUGAAGGACCUGGCAAUGGCCGACCUGGAGCAGAAGGUGCAGGAGAUGGAGGCAUCCACCUUCGACGGCGUGUUCGUCUGGAAGAUCUCCGACUUCGCCAGGAAGCGCCAGGAGGCUGUGGCCGGCCGCACCCCUGCCAUCUUCUCGCCAGCCUUCUACACCAGCAGGUACGGCUAUAAGAUGUGCCUGCGCGUGUACCUGAACGGGGACGGCACGGGGCGUGGCACACACCUGUCUCUCUUCUUUGUGGUGAUGAAGGGCCCCAAUGACGCCCUCCUGCGCUGGCCCUUCAACCAAAAGGUGACCCUCAUGCUGCUCGACCAGAACAACCGGGAGCACGUGAUCGACGCCUUCAGACCCGACGUGACCUCGUCCUCUUUCCAGAGGCCGGUCAGUGACAUGAACAUUGCGAGCGGCUGCCCCCUCUUCUGCCCUGUCUCCAAGAUGGAGGCCAAGAACUCCUACGUGCGCGACGACGCCAUCUUCAUCAAGGCCAUCGUGGACCUGACGGGGCUCUAGCACCUCCCACUGGGGUCAGGGCCAGGGCACCUGGCCUGUGCUUGGUGACAGCGACCGUGCUGGGCCUGAGCCUCACGGCAGUGGGCAGGCCGCGCUCACAUCUACCCCCAGGAGAGCACCUCCGGGGGGCCCUCAGCCCCAGGUCCUGCUGUGGGUGCUUGGGGCCAGGCGGCAGGAGCUCUGGGCGAGGCGGCAGAGGGCAGGCGGGCCACGUGGGGAGUCGCCCGUGAGGGGCCCAGUGCCUGUCCCACCCUGGGGCCCUGGAGACAAGGACAGUGGGGCCUGGCAUGGCUCUGCGGGGACUGCUGUGCCAGCCUGGCAGGCUGGCGGGUGGGGCGGCGGCUCGUCCUGAGAGCAUCCCACCGCUGCCUGUGGCAUGUGCCGGCCUCGGUCCGUCUCCCUGAGACGUGUGGCUGGCCCGUGAGGCCGGGGAAGUUGUCAUUAAAUGGUUAAACCUG